AUUUAGUUAGAGUAAGAUGUGAAAUGAAGCCAGUAGACUUUGAAAAUAAUGAUUAUUAUCAUUUUCAUUUCUCAGAAGAUGUUGAUAUUGAGGAGUUUUCGCGGGCGGUAGGAUUGAAAUAUCAUAUGAAAGUAGAAUAUCUGGAUAACCAGCAUAUAUUUUUCAUAGAAAAGGGUGUUUUAGAAGACGAAAUUAAAGAAAAAAUUGAGAAUUAUUUUGGUUUAGAAAAAGGAAGAAAUGCAAUAGAUGGGUUUAAUAGUGACAAACUUUUUUAUUAUGAGAAACAAAAGUUGGUCAAGCGAGUAAACAGGGGUGUGAUAAGAGACGAUAUAUAUUUUGAUAAUGAAGGUCUUUAUAAUAGAAGAAUUGUUAAGAAUGUUGUAAAAGAUUCGACGGGAGAUCAGGCGGUAGAUUUAAGAGAGAAGAUAAAGAAAAUUAAAGAAGAAUUAAAUAUAAGUGACCCUUAUUUUGAUAAACAAUGGUAUUUGUUCAAUAAGGAUAAAGCUGGUGUAGAUAUAAAUGUUACAGGUGUAUGGUUACAAGGGAUAAAGGGAAAAAAUGUAACAGUUGCUAUUGUAGAUGAUGGCUUAGAUUAUACUAACAAGGAUUUGGCUCCAAAUUAUAAUGCUAACGCUUCAUAUAAUUUUGCUUCUAAAACUGGCGACCCAAAACCUGGACCUUCUGACACGCAUGGUACUAAAUGUGCAGGAGAAGUGGCAGGCGCCAGGAAUGAUUUUUGUGGGCUUGGUGUUGCAUAUGAAUCUAAUAUUUCAGGAUUACGAUUUAUGCCUUCUGCUCGUUCGUCUUGGCUUGAAGGAGAAGCUCUUAUUUACAAAUAUGAUGUUAAUCAUAUUUAUUCUUGUAGCUGGGGACCUGCCGAUACUGGGAAUUUAACUCAAGAUAUUUUUUAUACUACUUAUUCUGCAAUUAUUAAAGGGAUAAAUCAAGGAAGGAAUGGUCUUGGUUCUAUAUACGUUUUCGGGUCAGGAAAUGGUGGAUAUUUUGAUAAUUGUAAUUACGAUGGAUAUGCAAAUAGCCCAUAUACUAUUACUAUCGCUGCUAUAGAUGCAGAAGAAAAAAGAUUCAUAUUUUCAGAGCCAUGUCCUUGUAUUUUAGCUUCUACGUAUUCUGGCAAGCGUGGUGCAUAUAUUUAUACUACGGAUGUUGGUACGACAGAAUGCAGCAUUAGACAUACUGGAAGUUCUGCUUCUACACCUCUUGCUGCGGGUGUUAUUGCUCUUCUUCUUUCAGCAUGUCCUAAUCUUACAUGGCGUGAUAUUCAAGCUUUGAUUGUGGAGACAGCUGUUCCAUUUAAUCCGAGUCAUCCUGAUUGGGAUGAUCUUCCUUCUGGACGUCGUUAUAAUAAUUUUUUCGGUUAUGGAAAACUAGAUGCAUAUAGAAUGGUCGAAAAAGCAAGAACAUUUAAAACCUUAAAUCCUCAGACAAUGUUUUCAACUCAACUAAUACCACUUAAUAAGAAAUUUUCUGAAAACGGUGGGCAUAUCACAAGCAGUUUUUAUAUUCAUCGUGGAUAUCCUAAGCAUUAUAAAUUUAAAAGUUUAGAGUAUGUUGGUGUUUCAUUUCAUUAUCAGCACCAAAGAAGAGGUCAUCUAGAGUUUAAUAUUACCAGUCCUUCUGGAGUUACUUCAGUAUUAGCACAUAGACGUAAUCGUGAUAAACAUGGUGGCAGUAUUCUUUGGACUUUUAUGACUGUAAAGCAUUGGGGAGAAUCCAUUGUAGGUAAUUGGACUAUCGAUGUUGAAGAUAAAAAGGAUGAGAAUCUAGAUGGUGGAGUUUUUGAUUGGCAACUUCAUUUUUUCGGGGAGUCUUGUGAAUCAGAAGGCGUACCGCCUCCUUCAUAUCCUUUUCUAUCUAGAUAUCCAACUACUACGCCUCCACCAGAUCCAGAUGCUACACCUUCUCCAGAUCUGGAUGCUAACCUUCAGCCAGAUUCAAAUGCUGACUCUCAACCUCCAUUAGAUCCUCAGCCUCCAUCAAAACCAGAUUCUAACCCUCCAUCAGAUCCUAGCUCUCAGCAAGAUCCAGAUACUUCGCUUUCAUCAAAUCCAACUUCUACAUCUUCAUCAGAACCACCCCCGCCACCACCGCCGCCACCACCACCUCGGCCGGAACCACAACCACAACCAGAGACACAACCAGAGACACAACCACCACAACCACCACAACCACCACAAUCAGAGACACAACCAGAACCAGAACCAGAACCAGAACCAGAACCAGAACCAGAACCAGAGCCAGAGCCAGAGCCAGAGCCAGAGCCAGAGCCACAACCAGAACCAGAACCAGAGACACAACCAGAGCCACAACCACCACAACCAGAACCAGAACCAGAACCAGAGACACAACCAGAGCCACAACCAGAGCCACCUGCAUCUCCACCAAAACUACAACCGGAACAAAAACCAACAUCAAUGACUUCAUCUACAUCUACGACUUCAUCGAGCAAAACUAAAAUAUCAACCACUCGAAAAGCUUCAUGUACUAUAACAGUCUUUAUAGGGCCAUCUCCUACUGAGGGUGUUUCUACUGGAUCAAGUGCUUCUCAUCUUUCAUUCUUCGAAAAAAGGCAUUUGUUACUUCAAAUGAUAUUAUUGUUAUUCUUUUUCUUAUUUUUGGGUUACUCUUUUUAACCUAUAGGAUUUUUAAGAAAACAGACAUCUCAGUGAUAGACUUUCUAUAAUUGAAGCACUUAAUGAUGAUUCUGAUCCAAAUAUAUCUCAAGAAAUUGAAAAAGCUGCUAUGUUGAAAGAAAACCGUUAAUUCAUUCAAUAUUAGUGAUAC